AUGUACUGGAGUAAGGCGCCGGUGCACGGCAGUGUGCCGCGGCGCGCCUUCCGCGCACACACCGCAAGCUUGGCCGAGGAGGUGCUGUGGCUCUUUGGCGGCUGCGACUCGAAGGGCUGCUUUCGCGAGCUGUGGUGCUUCGACACGGAAACGAUGUGCUGGUCGAAGCCAAAGGUGACCGGCGACCUGCCGCCGCCGCGCCGUGCACACACCGCCACGAUGGUGGAGCGGCGCCUGUAUGUCUUUGCGGGCGGCGACGGGCCGCACUACUUCAACGAUCUCUACGUCUUCGACACGGUCGCACUGCGCUGGUCGAAGCCCGAGGUGUACGGCACGCCGCCGUCGCCGCGCCGCGCGCACACGAGCAACCACUACCAGGGCCAGCUGAUCAUUUUUGGCGGCGGCAAUGGCGUGGGCGCGCUCAACGAUGUCUACACGCUCGACAUUCAGGACCUCGACCGCCUCGAGUGGCGCCGCGUCGAGUGCAGGGGCAAGAUGCCGAUCGGUAGAGGCUACCACACGAGCAACCUCGUCGACGGCAAGCUCAUCGUGAUCGGCGGCAGCGACGGACACAUGUCCUUCAACGACAUUCACAUCCUGCGGCUUGACACCAAGGUCUGGUACCAGGUCAAGACCGACGAGAUCCACAACCGCCUCGGGCACACGGCCACGCAGGUGGGCUCGUACCUGUUCAUCAUCGGCGGCCACGACAGCCACUCGUACACGCCCGACAUUCUGACGCUCAACCUCGUGAACCUGCAGUGGGAGCCGCGGCGCGUCUGUGGUCGCAAGCCGCCGGGUCGUGGCUACCACCAGGCCUGGCUGCGCGACAGCCGCCUCUUCCUCCACGGCGGCUUCGACGGCAAGGAGAUCUACGACGACAUGUACUUUGUCGAUCUGGCUGCCUGCGCCUACCUGCCGCAGAUCACCAGCUUCAGCGUCGAGGUGAGCUGCGCCGCAUGCCAGACGAUGGCUGCAUGCUGA